UCUAAUAUAAACACCCUUGAAACAUACCCAUCAAUAAUAAUCGUAGAUUGUAUUGUUACAAGAGUCAUGGUCGCAUAAAUAUCUAUGUCAUCAAUGAAUGGGAAUGAAUGGCCCAUGAAUGGACAGUCGGCGGAUUGACGGCCUCUUUAUUAAACACUUGGAGACACGAACUCAUGCCGCCUUUUAAAUUAAGUCUUAAAUUCGGUAUUGAAUAUUUUGUGUAUUGUUUUUGUGGUAUUUUGAAACUUUAGAGGAAGUAUUGUUCCUGUUUAGUGCAUUUUAAGGUGGCGUAUAUUGUCAAAUUGAAAACAGAUUUACUUAGUUUUAUUUAAGAAAUUAUGGUUAUACUGCUGCUCAAUUUUAGAAUCUGUUAUUAUUUCAGUAGAGUUGCCAAUAAUAUAGCCAGUAAUAUUAGCAAUCAGGGAGCAGUAUCCGAACAGUACUAAGUAAACACAUGCGCACUAAGGGAAGUGUCAAAUAUAAUCUCAAAGACAACUAAAAAUACUACAAACUCCUUGCAGCGUGCGACUGGCCGGACACGUCGUCAACGCUCAGCGAUACAAAAAUAAAACGAGACAGGUCAAUGACGUCUGACCUGUUAUCCAAUAAAUAAAAUAAAAUAUAUAAAUUAGACUACAAUGGACAUAAACGAGGAUAAGAUCAAGGAGGAAGUCAGCAGCUUCGUCUCCUCCCUGCAGCGAUUACUGCCAAAGAAGAAGGAGAUCAUAGUGGUCGAACCAAAGCGAUACAGAACCACAAAGCUGUGUGACAUUCACGCUGAGGCGAAAGGUACUUUCCCAAAGUGCUUCAUCGGCGCACGCCUCAUUGUUCUCAGAGAGAUCCUCGAUAAAGUGAAACUGGUUCAACAGUACAGCUACGGGAAGACAAGGGAAUCCUACAGGUGUUACUCCCAGCUCAUUCACAAGGAAAUGGAACCGAAGAGCACCGAGGAAGGGUUGCUGAUAGACUCGUCUGGUUCUGCAACGGCUACGUACAAAGAUAGCUUUGACGGAGGGUAUCAGAUGCGUCUGAUGUCUAGAAUCAGGGAUUUGGUGUCGUCAGAAACAGAGGUUGUGCUUGAGAAGGAGAAUGAAAAGUCUGUUGGAUCAGUUUCGUGUUCUGUAAGAGAUGUGGACCCGAACACAUUACGUAUGGUGACGCAGUGGAUGUACAAAAUUCUCCCGGAUGUGUGUUUUGGAACCGAGAUUGGAUUCAAGCCGUUAACGUACCCACCGACGCCGGAGGUCUCGAUCAGUGCUAGGUAUGACAGGCCCAGCUUCACAUUAUCCUUAACAGCUAGCAAAAUUGGCUUCCAAGUGUGUCUUUACAAACAGUUCUCACCAGAUUUGCGAGUAGCGACGAUAAUAACCGAGGGUUGCCGAGGCGGGCAGACCACGGUCAGUUUGGCAAUGCACAAAAAUUACCACAACGGUUCUGAGUUGAAAAUUUUUGUUGACUCCCAGCGCUGCGGGGGUUUCACUUUCCAAAGAGAUAUUCUAUUUUAUGAGCCGCAAAAUGAGAUCCGCGUGUUACGUCUCGUCGGAAGUACCCUGAUAGAUAAACAAAGGCGGGUUCGAUUCGGAAUUGGAAUCAAUCUGGAUUUCUAACACGUUUCAAGUAAGUUACACGGUCCAACAUACCCCUUGAUUGACCGUGACUACGGAUGUGGUGUGGUGUGCUUACAUUUUUUGUAGAUUUAUUCAUUUGUAUAUAAGUAUACAUAGGUUUUAGUUAUUGUUUUAUCUUCUUAACGUUUGUUCCGCCACGUCGUUUAAAAAUGUCAUUAAAUUAUUGAAAAUAUAGUGGGUGUUUCGUUACAGUUACGUGGUUUUUUUGUUCAUUAUUAUUAGCUAUUUUUUUAAUGUAAUUUGUAGUGUCACAUUCAAUAUUUGUCACUUGCGUAUUCAUUCAGUUCACUUAAGAACGAGG